AUGAAAGGGAAGGCCUUAGCGUCGUCGUCGUCGGCGGCCUUAGUGCUAGCCCUUCUAACCUUGGGUGAGGGAGGAUCGACUUCAUCCAAACUCCAAAGCAUGCAACAAAUGAAUGGUGCUGAGGCCAAGCAAGGUGAAUCACCUCCCUUCAAGGUGAAUCACCUCCCGUGCUAUCCAGGCGAAUGUGCCAGAUCUUGUAAAAGCAAGGGCUACACCAACGGUUUCUGUCGCGGGGGCGGGGUGAUACCAGAAUACUGCGUGUGCGUUAAUACGAACUUUAUGGGUAGAAAAGGAGGUAACGGUGGAGGAGAUGUUGGUAAUGGUGGAGGCGAAGCCUUGUUUCUAGAGGAUGAGGCGAUGAGUCCAUGA